ACCUUGCUUCUCCUUCAAGUCGCAAUCCCCGAUGCAUACAUAACGGCCACGUUGCUGCUUACACCCUCACAUGAUGUAGCACGAGACUACUUCUAUUGCUGGUUCUGAUAUAGUUUCACUGCUUUGCUGAGCAACCCAGGAUAUCGGGUAGGUGGGUGCGGAAUGCAAGUUCAGUGCUUUGCUUUCAAUCGAGUUAGGCCUCUUGAUAGAAUAUUAAUUUCAACGUGCAAGAGCCAGUUGAUAGUGGAAAACGUGAACAAUCCUGAAGCUUGAUAAACCUUGAGAAGCAGCUCUGUGGCAUCAAAAUCUGUAGCGCAAGGAGAGCGACUGAGUGUGACCACCUUUUUAAUGUUGCAUCAUCGUAGUAGAGUUGCAAGUACCCUGAAGCUGAUUGGGGUUGUGAAUCAGACCCACUGAUUCAAGUGCUACCAUUCUGGAAAGAUCCAACUUCUCCUGUAGAGGGUUUCUUUUUGUCUAGUUUUCUUUUUUAUUCGGCUCUCUCUCCCUCUCGCUCUUAUUCAUCGUGCUCAGACUAGCCGCAAUCGCAACGGCCGGGGCCGGCCAGGAGUUUCGCUAUCCGUUACUUGUUUGCACUAGUUGAUACGUUUCCGUGCACAUGAGGCUAUUUACAUCAACUUCACGGCGAUCCGCUUGUGAUCCCGAAGCAAACUCGGACCCAACAUAUGGCAUUGCAGCUCUCUCUAACUCCAAGGUACACUCUCCGUGACAAAUGAUUCCUGUAAUCAUCUUCAGUUCUGACAGCCUUGGUUCCCCUUGAAGAUCGGGUCCAAGUGUUCACCCUCCUGCGCCAUCGUAGAACAACACUACGAUGGUUACAUGGUGCACCGGAACUGCACGACACUCGGUGAUGGCGCCUAGGUAAAAUGGAUCCAGAAAUAUGGAGCCAGCUUCCCCAGGAAAUGCUUCUGGAUGUGCUAGCACGACUCCCUUACGACUACAUCCCAAGGCUCCGCGAAGUUUGCAAAAGAUGGAAAGAGCUGCUAGUUGCGAAGUACUUCACGGACAGGAUUGUAUCGGUUCGAAAAUCUCAGACGCCCUUCCUACUAGUCUGCGUCAAACGAUUCCAGGCCAUUGUAGCAUACAAUCCAGCUCGCAGAGAGUGGCGCGAAGUCUUCAUCUGGAAGAAAUCUCCUAACUUUUACAUACAUUCGCUCCGCGCCGCUGGAGGAGGUCUGCUCUGCUUCGAGGGGAACGUGGGCCGCAAGAGGGAAGAUGGCGAUAUUCGGCUCCUCAUCUGCAACCCCAUUUCCAAGCUGUGGCGCAUCCUGCCCCCGCUGCCCUCCGGAAUCAAAACCUCAGGCUGCGUCAACUUGGUCGUGCUGGAGAACGAGCCGAACCAGUUCAAGAUCCUAUUCACGCAAAUUCACCAGUUACACGGACAGCGACGCCUUGUCGGAACCUUGUUCGACUCACUGACUGAUUCCUGGACUACUCACAGUGAAGACACUACUUUGGAGUCUAUCUACCGGAGCGUCUACGUCAAUGGCUCAAUGCACUAUAUAGGCUCUGAGCGGGUGCAUGAGGACGGCACCUUGAUCAGUCGCAGACAAGGCGUCUCGUUCGAUCUCUUACGCAAAGUGUUCUCUCGGUUCGAGGCACCAUUGGCAAGCGUCAGUGUAGGAGCCAAGAAGUUCAUGGAGCUUCAUGACAAGCUAUCUUUGGUCACAUUUUCUACGGUGCCGACCUUCUCCCCCUCGGUGCAGCAAUUCGACGACCAAACCGGAACGUGGGUGGAAGUACAUGUGCUUCCUCCUGGAACUACCCUCGGCGUUCAGGGCCAUGUACCACUUGGUCAAGGCUCUUAUCUCUACUUUGCAGAUCCCCGCAGAUCAUCUUUCAACGUCAUUUGCUAUGAUUUGCUGAAUCGGGAGAGGUUCGACGUCGACGAGGCAUUCCUGGAUUUGCGUUCAGAAGGGUACAAAUUGUAUCAUCCUUCGUUAUGCUCUGUUUGAUUUUGGUGGCCUGCUCCUGGGCUUAAGUUAAUUCCUUCCAGAGAUGAGGUAAUAAUUACUUUAGAGGAUAUCAUCUACUAUCCUGAGAAAAGCUAGAAGCAUGAUCGCGUGGUUGUAAAGUCUGGUUCAGUUCUGUCGCUCAGAGUUGAGCUCGUGUGUCUAUUGACACACACAAUAGUGGUAAGGUUUAUUAGGAUAGAAUCACAGGUAUGGCUCUACCAUAGAAUUAAUUACUGGUUAAAUGAUCUUGAUCUGGGUCUCUACAUUCCUUGCGACACAAUCCGUCGACCUCCACAAUUGUGCCUAUUUUUCAUGACUCACCUGUGAGGUGCAGUUAUAUAUACAUAUAUACAUAUAUAUAUAUAUAUAUAUCUAUCUAUAUAUAUAUUCAUGGGCUUUUGCACACUUUAUCACUUUCAAAGGCGACAAGCGGGGGUUCCAGAGUUCUGGAUAAUUUCUUACCGCGUUAUGAGUUCCAUGUGUGGGUUCUGUGAUUACUAUUGUUGCUCUUCCAGAAGACCAUUCAGGAUGUUAAGCUCCUGGCUGUGCAAUCGCAAUCAAAGUUCAGUGGCUCAUCGAUCGUUAAUAUAUGUUCUCUCGC